GAAAUAAUCACAAUAAAUAAAAUCAUCGAAACAUGAGGUUUACACUUGUUAUACUACUUCAUUUAGUUUUAGUUUUUGCUAAUGAAGAUUUGAAUCCUAAAAUAUCGACACCACUCGGCGAAAUACAAGGUUCCAUUCUUGUCUCAAGAUUAAACAAAACAAUUUUUGCUUUUAGAGGCGUCCGUUAUGCGCAACCACCUAUCGGAGAUCUUCGUUUUAAGCCUCCACUACCUGUAGAAAAAUGGUCAGGUGUUUACAACGCCACCACUGAUGGUCCUGUCUGCCCUCAACCAACCGAAGAUCCUGUUUCUGAAGAUUGUCUUCUUCUAAAUGUGUAUACAACCAAACUCCCUGGUAAUGAAAAGAACUCAAAACGCCCCGUUAUUGUCUAUUUACACUCAGGUGGUUUUUACAGUGUGACUGGUCGCAGUGACURGGCUGGGCCUCAAUAUUUCAUGGACCASGAUAUUGUUUUAGUUACUUUUAAUUAUCGAUUAGGGUCUUUAGGUUUUAUUAGCACUGGUAAAGAUGCUCCCGGAAAUAACGGGUUAAAAGACCAAGUUCUAGCCUUAAAAUGGGUUAAAAAUUAUAUUGAAUAUUUUGGGGGUGACCCAAGUAUGGUGACUUUGUUUGGAUAUAGCGCUGGUUCCUGGAGUAUUACUCUUCACCUGGUAUCACCAAUGUCGCGUGGCCUUUUUCAUAAAGCCAUAAUUGGAAGUGGUUCAGUUUUGGGGCAAUGGAAGUUACCUCAAAAUCAACUAGAAUUAGCUAAAAAGCAAGCAAAACUAGUGGGAUGUCCUGUARUUAAUCCUACAGUUUUGAUUGAUUGUUUGAAAUCAAUUCCAGCUGAAGUGUUAGGAAAUUCUUUGAAUGGAUUUGAUGAAUUUUCGUACGAUCCUGUAAUUGUGUGGUAUCCUGUAAUUGAAGACGACUUCGGCCAGGAAAGGUUUUUGACCGAAGAUCCCAUUAAAAUAUUUGAAAGAGGUGAUUUUCAAAAAGUUCCAAUUGUAAUAGGCGUGACAAAAGACGAGUUUGCUAACAGGGCGUUUCCUAUUAUUCUCAACGAAACAUUAAGAAAUGAAUUUAAUAAUAACUUUGAAACCUAUGCUCCGAUUUGUUUUCUUUACGAACGUGAGACAAAAAAAUCUAAAGAAAUUAGUGCAGCUGUUAGAAAAUUUUAUUUGGGAGAUAAUUCUUUAAACAAUUCGUCUCUGCAAGGCCUUGCAGAUGCAUAUGCUGACUCGAUCAUAGGAUUUGCUGCAAACAGGGCUGCUAAACUGAUAUCGCAAAAUAAUUCUGAACCAGUUUAUUAUUACGAAUUUACAUACCAAGGCCGUUUCAGUCAUUUUUAUCUCCCUGACAGUAAUUUUACUAUUCCAUAUGGUGUGGUUCAUCAUGAUGAUUUGAUUUAUUUAUUCUAUAUCUCCGCAAUUUUUCCGUUUUUCGACGAUAGUUAUCCCGAGAGUGAAAUGGUAGAAAAACUGACUUUAAUGUGGUCAACUUUUGCCAAAACUGGUUAUCCUAUUCCUGAGUCGAGUACCAUUCUGGAGGGGAUAAAGUGGGAACCUUUUAAUAUUUCUAGCAAUAAAUAUCUAGAAAUUGGCAAGGAAAUUGUUCUUAAAGAAGGUUUAUAUAAAGAAAGGUACAAUUUUUGGAAUGAUUUAGUUCCUAUAAACAAAUUUCCUGUAUACGACUGAAGAAUGUGUGUUAUAAACACGUAAAACUUUUAUUAAUUAUAAAAUAGGUGGAAGUAAAAAAACACAACUAUUUUUCUCAAUAUGUUCAUUUUCAUAUGUAUUGCAUUUAUACUUCUUCACAUAACAUUAAAAUAUUAUAAAUAAUACCCACGUCAGUGGGAUAUAAUGACACAGAGGGUAAGGCAGGUGUAAUCACAUCUUAAAUUAUUCAAUAUCCAGUUCAUUGCACAGUCGUCAACAAUCUAUUUCUAACAUUAUGUCAACAUUAAUAUUACAAUUUGUAGCGGCAACAAUUCGUUGAAAAUUUGUUACUAACUUCCAUUACAAGAUAACAAAUAUACAACGAGUUUUACAAUGUUUAUGACAAAAUAAAUAAAUGGGUGUGAAAA